GAGCGGGGAUGACGAAGCCGGUGGUGAUGAGGAUGAUGAUGAAUGGCUCGACAGCUCAACCAGGCACUGGGCUCUCGCCACCACUCCGUCUCCUGCUGUGCGCUCUUCUUUUUCUCCCUCCAUGCGCACACUCGCACCCGCAGCCGUGCCAGGUGCUAAAACGGAUCGGCCACACCGUUCGGGUGGGGGCUCUGCACGUUCAGCCCCGCUUGCUGCCCACAGCUGAUGGCAGCGGUUCUGAGGAAGCCUUGGCGGGAGAGCAGCAGCAUUUGGAGUUAAAGAAACCGAUUAAAACCGGUGCCAGCGCGCACGGAUUUGGAAACCUCAGGACUAGAGUCCCCGCUAACAACCAGCGGGGCGCAAACAGGAGUAAAAGCCAGACGCGACAGCGGGAGGGGAACCCCGCAAAGGAGGAUCGCGUGUUCUCACCCCGGGAGUCGGUCCUGCUCGCGGCCGAAGCUCUGAACCAGGCCGGAUUGCUUCCAUACAAUUUGUCCCUGGAGCUCGUCAUGGCGGUCGGUUCCGCGCUUGGCGAGCUGCCGGCGUUCUCGCACUCCUCGGCGGGCGUCCCCGAGGACGAGGACCCGCUGUCCUUCUUGGAGAGCGUGUGUCACACCGUGGUCGUCCAGGGUGUUUCUGCCAUGCUCUCCUUCCCACGGAACCGGGACGAGCUCCUCAAGUUGGAAUUCAUCUCUCUUGUACUCCAGGUGCCCGUGGUCAGCGUUGUGCACAGGGAAAUCUCGCGCCACAGUGAGAAUCCUCUUCAUUUCCAAAUGGCCAUGGAAAUUGUAGAAGCCCCACCGUCACAUCUCCUCUACUACCUGCUGAUGAUGAAUGGCUGGUGGGACAUCAGCGUCGUGCUCUGCCAGGAGUGGAAUAUUACUGAUUUCCUUGUCCUCAUCAAGAACAACACCCGCUUCCACCUGGGCGCUCUUGUCAACCUGACAAAAACACCACUGCCGCCGUCUUCAUCUUCAUUAUCUUCCUCAGCGGUGGCACUGGGCAUCCCUCUGGGAGCAGAAGCCUUACCUUUACCAUAUUUAUUACCUACUGCUUCAUCCUACUCAUCCAAUUCCUCUUCUAAAUCUGACCAGCAGCAGGUUCUCAUGCGGCAGCUGGAGGCCCUGAAAGAUCAGUCAUCAACGACAGGAGUUGUGACGUUUGGCUGUGACAUCCGUGAGGUGCGCCGUUUGUGGACGCUGGCCACUCGGAUGACACUCCCGGAAUUUCACUGGGUCUUGGGGGACAGCCAGAACGUGGCUGAGCUUAGGACAGAGGGGCUACCCCUUGGGCUACUCGCCCAUGGGGUCAUGGGUUCACCUUAUUUUGAUCACUACGUCCAGGACUCACUGGAGCUUAUUACACGUGCAGUGGGCAGUGCAGCCCAGGAAAAUCCCUCAAUGGCACUCAUACCUGGAACUACAAACUGUAUGGACACACAACAGAGCAACAGCAGCUCAGGGGAAUUCUUAGCAAGAUUUAUGGCCAACACGUCGUUUGAGGGCCAGAGCGGGUUCAUAUCCAGAGAAAGUCACAGUCAGAAUAUCAUCUCUGAGGCUCAUCAUUACAUCUGGUCCCUCCAGCUGGACCCUCUUGGCCAGCCAACUUGGACUCGUUUGGGACGCUGGCGAAAAGGGAAGGUUCUGCUGGACCAAGGUGCCUGGCCAAACCAUCAAGGCUCUGGAGGUGCAGGAGACUGGCACCGUUCUACACGUUUGCACAUGCGAGUGGUGACACUGGUGGAGCACCCUUUUGUAUUUACCCGUGAGGUAGACGGAGAUGGGAUGUGCCCUGCUGGUCAACUUUGUUUGGACCCACUCACAAAUAAAACUUCAGUUUUGCAAAGACUUUUCCAGAACCUUGGAGGACCUAAUGGAUCUGUUUCUACAGACCUCAAAAAAUGUUGUUACGGCUACUGCAUUGACUUGUUGGAAAAGCUGGCAGAGGACAUUGGAUUUACUUUUGACCUAUACAUUGUUGGCGAUGGGAAGUAUGGUGGGUUCAAGAAUGGUCGCUGGACAGGACUGGUGGGAGAUCUGCUAAGUGGUGCUGCCCACCUGGCAGUGACAUCUUUUAGUAUCAAUUCAGCAAGGAGUCAAGUCAUUGAUUUCACAUCUCCCUUCUUUUCCACCAGCUUGGGAAUUCUGGUUCGUACUCGUGACACUGCAGCGCCCAUCGGCGCAUUCAUGUGGCCUCUCCAUUGGUCCAUGUGGCUCGGCAUCUUUGUCUCCCUCCAUGUCACCGCCAUCUUCCUCACCCUGUAUGAGUGGCACAGCCCUUUUGGGAUGACACCACGUGGGCGCAACCGCGACCGUGUGUUCUCCUUCUCUUCAGCACUUAACGUGUGCUAUGCCAUCCUCUUUGGGAGAACAGUGGCCAUCAAGCCUCCAAAGUGCUGGACUGGUCGGCUGCUGAUGAACCUCUGGGCCAUCUUCUGUCUUUUCUGUCUGUCCACCUACACUGCUAAUCUGGCUGCUGUCAUGGUCGGGGAGAAAACCUAUGAGCAACUGUCAGGGAUACAUGAUCCAAAGUUGCACCAUCCCUCUCAGGGAUUUCGCUUCGCUACUGUAAGAGAAAGCAGCGCUGAAGAUUAUGUCAAGAAGAGUUUCCCAGAAAUGCAUGAGUAUAUGAGAAGGUUCAAUGUCCCAGCAACACCAGACGGCAUACAUAACCUCAAGGCUGACCCUCAGAAGCUGGAUGCAUUCAUCAUGGAUAAAGCUCUGUUGGACUACGAGGUCUCUAUUGAUGCAGACUGUAAAACACUCACAGUUGGAAAACCCUUUGCAAUAGAAGGUUAUGGCAUCGGCCUUCCUCAGAACUCUCCACUCACCUCCAACUUCUCGGAGCUUGUUAGUCAGUACAAAUCCGAUGGCUUCAUGGACAUGCUGCAUGACAAAUGGUACAAGGUUGUGCCCUGCGGGAAGCGCAGCUUCGCUGUGACUGAGACUCUACAGAUGGGUAUAAAGCAUUUCUCUGGUCUGUUCGUGAUGCUGUGUGUGGGCGUGGCCUUAUCUCUCCUAACCACUAUAGCGGAACAUAUUGUGUACAAGCUGGUGAUCCCACGGGUCAAGGAGCCACAUUCCCAUUACUGGCUGCACACUAGUCAGAGAUUACACCGAGCACUCAACUCCGUCUUCAAUGACAAACUACCAACUGUAGCCAAGCAUGAAAAAAGGUGCAACGAAGGAAACAACCAGUCAGUUUCUUGGAAUCCCGCAGAAUCAUCUCAUUGCAACAGGCGAAGAUUUCUUCCGCGAGACCUGCAGAAUGACCUGGAUUGUCCGUCGUCCCAGGAUCUUCCACCUCCACCUCCCCCUUCUCCACUCCCUCAUCCCCAAACUCUUCCAACAAUAGAUAAACACAUGCCUGUAGUUACUACCUCUAACGGUCGCUCCGACCUGUUAGGAUGGGGGUUGGGACAAGGACUGGGGCAAGGCCAGGGAGGAUCUGGGCAGGGGGCAACACAGUGUCGAGGUUUGGGGAUGGGCGACUGCGGUUUGAGCCAGGGUGGCCGAAAUCCGUUGGUCCAGGAACUGUCAGAACUUGAGGGUCAAAUACUAGCAAUCAAGCAGCAGCUACAGUCAGCUAUGAGAAGGAAAAGAGAGCUUGAACAGUACCAAUCAGAAAACCAGCAAUCAAACCAGACUGGACCCAGUCAGCCCACAUCACACCAGUCUAAUCAGUUUGUUCAGUAUACCCAAUCCCACCAGCAGACUAACCAACACACAAACACACUCCCAGACUUCUGAGGUUUGCCUUUUACUGUUUUGUCCUGAGGAAUCA